AUGUAUAUAAAUGUCACCGUAGAGUACAAUGGAACAGAUACAGAGAAAGAAAAAUUUAACAGAGAUAAUAUGGAAGGAGGUGGCAACAACAACAACAAUGGUGAUGAAGGAAACGUUAACGUUGGUGAUGGCAACAACAACGGUGGUGAUGAUCAAGGAAACGACGAAAACGUAGACAUCAAAGAGAUAAGCGAUGAUGAGGAUGAUGGCCCUGGGCAAGUUGUGGAUCCCAGUGACAGAAGCAGCGACGAAGGGGAUGAUAACGACGACGAAGGUGAUAGCAGCGGUAACGAAGAGAGCGACGCCGAGCAGGAUGAUCAUAACGACAAUGAUGAAGGUGCAGGUGCAGCUGGUGCAGGGGAAGUCAGUGAUCCACCAACGCCAAGAAAUGAAGAUGAUGAUGAUGACAGUAGUAGUAAUAGUAGUGAUGAUGAUUAG